GCCGCCAUCUUGGUUCGGCGGAGCGGAGCGAGGAGGGGGCGGUCCGCGACCCCCGCCAUGGCCGCCACCGCCGCCGGCGCCGAAAUGGCAUCGGACGUUUCCUCGCUGGGCGCAGCCGUCGGCUCCGGGACCCCCGGAUCGGGAGCCCAGCCCGGAGGGGCCGUGGCUCAGAGGGGCAGCAAGAGGAGACCUGGGCUGGACUUUGAUGAUGAUGGAGAAGGGAACAGUAAAUUCCUCAGAUGUGACGAUGACCCGAUGCCAAACGAUAAAGAGAGAUUUGCCAGGUCUGAUGAUGAGCAGAGUUCAGCGGAUAAGGAGAGACUUGCCAGGGAGAACCACAGCGAGAUCGAGCGCAGGAGGAGGAACAAGAUGACCGCCUACAUCACGGAGCUGUCGGACAUGGUGCCCACGUGCAGCGCCCUGGCCCGCAAGCCGGACAAGCUGACCAUCCUGCGCAUGGCCGUGUCCCACAUGAAGUCCCUGCGCGGCACCGGCAACACCUCCACGGACGGCACCUACAAACCCUCCUUCCUCACCGACCAGGAGCUCAAACACCUGAUCCUGGAGGCAGCCGACGGCUUCCUGUUCAUCGUGUCCUGCGAGACGGGGCGGGUGGUCUACGUGUCCGACUCCGUGACCCCCGUCCUGAACCAGCCGCAGUCCGAGUGGUUCGGCAGCACCUUGUACGACCAGGUGCACCCGGACGACGUGGGCAAGCUGAGGGAGCAGCUCUCCACCUCCGAGAACGCCCUCACAGAAGGAACCAAACCCUGGUGCCUUUCUACCAAGGAUGCCGCAGCCCCCCCCGAGAAUGCAUCUAAAGGUCGGAUCCUGGACCUGAAGACGGGCACUGUGAAGAAGGAGGGCCAGCAGUCCAUGAGGAUGUGCAUGGGCUCGCGGAGAUCCUUCAUCUGCCGCAUGAGGUGUGGCAACAGCUCCGUGGAUCCAGUGGCUGUGAACCGUCUCAGCUUCAUGAGGAAUCGCUGCAGGAAUGGCUUAGGUGCAGCAAAGGAUGGAGAACCUCACUACGUCGUGGUGCACUGCACUGGCUACAUCAAAGCCUGGCCCCCAGCAGGUGUUUCCCUGCCUGACGACGACCCCGACGCCGGCCAGGGCAGCAAGUUUUGCCUGGUGGCCAUUGGCAGGCUCCAGGUGACCAGCUCUCCCAACUGCACAGACAUGAACAACGUGUGCCAGCCCACAGAGUUCAUCUCCAGGCACAACACCGAGGGCAUCUUCACCUUCAUCGACCACCGGUGCGUGGCCACCGUUGGCUACCAGCCCCAGGAACUUUUGGGGAAAGACAUUGUGGAUUUCUGCCAUCCAGAAGACCAACAGCUUUUACGGGACAGCUUUCAGCAGGUGGUGAAGUUAAAAGGCCAGGUUCUGUCAGUCAUGUUCCGCUUCCGAUCCAAAAACCGGGAAUGGCUCUGGAUGAGAACCAGCUCCUUCACCUUCCAGAACCCCUACUCAGACGAGAUCGAGUACAUCAUCUGCACCAACACCAACGUCAAGAACUCGAGCCAGGAGUCCCGGCCUGCCCUGGCAAACUCUCUGCCGAGGCCCCAGCUGGGGCAGAGCGUCAGCCUCCCCCUGGACAUGGGCACAGCCCCACUGCCCUCAAGGCAGCAGCAGCCCCCCCAGGCAGAGCUGGAAGUGGGCCCGGGAAGGGAGAGCCUGGCUGGGUAUGAGCACUCCCAGGUCCCUGUGCAGCCCGUGAGUGCUGCAGGCCCAGAGCACAGCAAGCCCCUGGAGAAGGCAGAGAGCCUGUUCAGCCAGGAGAGGGACCCACGCUUCGGGGAGAUCUUCACCGGGAUCAGCACAGACCAGAGCAAGGCCCUCCCUGCCAGCACCGUGCCAGCCAACCCACCCCUCUUCUCCCAGGGAAACACCUUCACUGCUGCACGGCCCCAGGAGAACUUCAGGAGCAGCAGCAUGGUGCCUCCAGUGAACAUCAUCCAGCAGCAGCCGUCCCCCGCCGGCCGGAUCUUAUCCCAGAUUUCCCGGCACUCCAGCCCAGCUCAGGUCAGCGGGACCACGUGGGCUGCAGGGACACGCCCGGUGUUCACACCCCAGCAAGUGGCGUCGCAGCCGGUGAAGACUCGGCCGCCCUCCUUCGGCAUGGGGACAUUCCAGGGCACCCCGUCCUCCUUCAGCUCCAUGACGGCCCCGGGAUCCACGGCCUCUCCCACCGCGGCGCCGUACCCGGCCCUGGCCGGCCGUGGCUCCGGCUUCACAGGCACGGAGGCAGCGCAGACCCCGGCCCCGUUCCAGCCCCGCGCCGCCGACGCCGUGGGAAUGUGGCCCCAGUGGCAAGGGCAGCACCACGGCCCCGGAUCCGGGGAGCAGCACGUGCAGCAGCCCCAGCCCAGCCAGCCUGAGGUCUUCCCAGACAUGCUGACCAUGCUGGGAGACCAAGGGCCCAACUACAACAACGAAGAAUUCCCAGAGUUGAACAUAUUCCCUUCUUUUUCCGAGUAAAACAAGCCUUAGGGGAGACACCCUAAAGCUCUACAAUAUCCACGUGUAAAGGAAAACAGCCGAGUCUUUCUCUCCAAGAACUGUCCAAACUCUUCCCACCCUCUGGAAGGGGAGCUCCGAGGAUGGGUGGCCGUGGAGGAGGAGGAGGAGGAGGAGGAUGGUGUGGUUUGGACACCUCCUCCCUGGGGGAUUGUUCUGGAAGCUCCAGGACCUGAGUGCCACGAGACCGAAGGCCCCCGUGUUCCCAGAGCCGCUCCCAAGUGGAUUUCCGUGGGAGGGAUUCCUGGCUGGAUCUCAGACAGCCCUUCCACGCUUUUUAAGGUGGCUGUGACUGGUUUGAUUUCACUCUCUGCCGUGACUUUUUUUUUCUAUCAAACACAAAACUCUUGAGAUUUUUAAGUAUUUGGGAGAAGCUCUUCCAAGCGUUCUCCCUGUCAAUACAAUCCUGGAGGAUGCUUGAGUAAGAAUCCCCGUCCUGAGCCGGCGUUUUCCUCCUUUUUGGAGGGAUUUUGGCUGGUCUUGGAGGGUUGUUACCACGUCUCCAGCCCAGGGUGCUCCACGUGGAGAUUCCCACGGUUUGUUUGGGAUCUUCCCUCUCCUGUGAACUGUGCAAUGAAGUCAGUGUGACCCAUAACCCCCCUCCCCCCCCCCGUUAUCCCGGGAUAAUUAACGAGCCAUAAAAAUAUUAUCCAUGUAGCUUUCUUCUGGAUGCAUCAAUUUUCCAGCUGGUGGGGUUCUGUGCUGCCACAAAUUGAUGUCUCAACAGGUUUUUUGGGGGAAGAAACCUGCCCCACGCUGUCCAUGGAAUUUUAUCCCAUGGAGAGGAGUUCCUUGUUGUCGUCUGGACGUAGGAGAAUCCCUGGAUUUCAUCAGGGAAUUGCUGAGGAACUGUGUAUUUUCACUACAUUUGCUCACUCACCGUCUCCUUAAGGAAGAAUUCCUGCCAUGGGAUGAUCCUGUUGCCAAACCACAAACUGUAAGAGGAGAGCUGGAAAAGUAGGGAACAGAGUGAUUUUUUUUUUUAUAUAUAUAUAUAUAUAUAAAUAUAUAUAAAAUUUUUAAUUUUUAAACCUUGACUUGGAAUCUUCUGGCUUUUUCUGUGGGGAAAAAAAAAAAAACAAAACAAAAACAAACAAACCAACUUGUGACCAAUCCUGCUCUCCUCAGGGGCUGGAAGAACAGUUUGAUUCCCUCUUGCUUCAAUUCCAGCAGGAAAAUUCAUUGCUGAGUUGGACUUGGAAGGAAACUUGGCACAGCAGCAGCGCAGGGGAAGAAUUCCAAGUUUUCCUGGAAGCCUGGUUUUGUUUUCAAUGGAAUGUGGGUGUCUCUCCCUUUUCCCUGCAUGUUGGGAGGGGGCUCUGGGGACCCCCAGGGUGGUUGUGAGUGUCCCCUCUCUGCUGGUUUGGGGCAGGGAAGGGGGAGAUUCCACCCCCACAAGAGCUGAUUCCAGAGCUGUAAUUCCUGGAUAACAUCCACGGAGGGAAGUGUGAAACCUUUGUGUCACCAGCCCAGAGAUUCCUCCUGUGAGUGGAGCAGGAAGCUUUGCUUUUCCCUCUCCUUUUGUUGGAAAAGUAAGAUUUGAAAGCUUUAGGCUUAUUUUUUUUGGUUUUGUUUUUUGGGGUUUUUUAUUCCAAAUUUAUCUGCGGAAAAGUGGGAACAUCCCACUUGGAGCCAUCCUGUGACCCACCCCUGUCCUGUGAUCCAGGGACUUUUCUCCCAGCAAGAUCCUCCUCCCCAGUCACAUCCUGGGCCCUCCCCCUUGAGCUGCCAGAGGAGGAGGAGGAGGAGGAGGAAAAUUCCCAUUUCCCGGAGCUUUUGUGGAUGACUCGAGUGUAAACACCCCCCCCCCUCCCCGCUUUUCCAACUCCUGGGAGAAGAAAAGCAGCUGGAGCAGCCCAAAUCCCUUGGGAGGGGCUGACAGGGGUGGGACACAGCUUUGGCCCUUCACCCCCCUUUGGGAACUGCAUUGUUUGUCCCUGGGGGGGGAUUUUAUUGAACAAUCACUCGGGGGGGGGGGCAGGAUCCAAACCCCCCUCGGGAUGUGUCCCAAUCCCGGAUUCCUCAUCCCGGGAAUUCUGGGCAGCAGAGAUUUUUACAAGAGAUUUUUUUUUUCCCCUUUUUCAAAGCUUUGUCUCAUUUCUGCCUCUCUCUGUCCCCCCCCUCAGAGGACUGUGGCCCCCAAAACCCCUGUUCCCUCAGUUUGGCCCCCUAAGCCUCCAUCCUCCCCCGCUUUGGCCCCCCCAAACCCCCAUUUGACUCCCCUGGAUUUGCCCCCCCCCAAUCCUCAUCCCCUCCUUUCUCCCCCUAAAUCCCCAUCCCCCUGAUUUG